GUAUGUUUGUGUGCGUAGCCUUGCGUUGGCUUUGGCGCUUUUGGAACUUUGCCGUUGCUGCCGCUUGCCCCGCCGAGGUGGCAGAGCUUCAGCAGCUGACGACAUUAGUAUUGGUUCUUCCUUCGUAAAGUUGGUGUUUGCAACUCACCGCGAUACCUAUCAACUAUUUAAUAUUCCUUACCGUCGCAAAAAGGCUUUAAGCUCGGAAAUUUCGGAUUAGACCGCUUUUCGACUUGAGAUACCAACAAGAAUCUCAAGAUGGGUAUCAACAACCCUAUCCCGUCGUCUAUGGCGUCGGAAUGCAAGAAAUGUGGCAAGAUUCUUACUUCUUUCAUCGAUCCUCGCCAAGCGUUUGGUCCCGACAAGAUAAUUCCUCCGUCGGUCCUAGCGAAUGCUAAAGGCCUUGCGAUCCUCACUGUCAUCAAAGCUGGCUUCCUCGGGUCUGCACGAUUUGGUUCUGGGCUUGUCGUCGCCCGCUUGCCCGACGGCACGUGGUCUGCGCCAUCGGCCAUCAUCACCGCGGGUGGCGGCUUCGGUGGCCAGAUCGGGUUCGAACUGACCGAUUUCGUCUUUAUUCUCAACGAUUCCCACGCCGUUAAAACAUUCUCUCAACAAGGUUCUAUUACACUAGGUGGAAAUGUCUCUAUAGCGGCAGGACCAGUAGGCAGAAACGCAGAGGCUGCCGGUGCCGCAUCUCUGAAGGGUGUGGCGGGUGUGUUCAGUUAUAGCAAGACGAAAGGUUUAUUUGCUGGAGUAUCUUUAGAGGGCUCGGCGAUUGUGGAACGACGAGACGCGAACGAAAAGUUAUACGGUCAGCGCUGGACAGCAGCACAGCUCCUCACAGGUUCCGUACGACCGCCACCGCAAGCCGCCCCGUUAAUGUCCGUCCUCAAUUCCAGAAUAUUUGCCGGUGUGCGCCAAGGUACCAUGGACGAUGCCAUGUACAAUGACGUCCCUGUUUAUGAAGAUCGCCAUGAUGACGUAGUAUGGAACGGCCAACGAGGGAGUGCUUACGGCGAACCUCAGCACAACAAUGGUCAGGAUGAAUUCGGUGCGCCGAGGCGCGCAAAUACAUGGCAAGACGACGUGUACGAUCGACCGGCCGCUGGUGGUAGCGUUGCUAGAUCCGGCACCGUGAACGCUCGAGCCUCAGCCCCUGUGGGUGGUUAUUCAGAAGGGGGGCGGGCCGGCCCCGGUAGACCCGCGGCACCGAAACCGAAUUUCGCAAGUAAGCAAGCGUUAAUGAAGAAGAAUGAGGCCGUUGCGUUAUACAACUUCGAACCGGACCAGCCGGGCGAUUUGGGUUUCAAAAAGGGCGAUGUUAUCACAGUGUUAAAAAAGACUGAUAGUGCUAAUGAUUGGUGGACUGGCAUGAUCGGCUCAAGGCAUGGCAUAUUCCCUAGCAAUUACGUCAAGAUGAAGGAAUAAAAAGGCGACACAGGCUUUCCGAGCUUACCUUCUUAAGAUCAGCUAGGCAUGGAUGGGCGUAUUCGCAUUCGUGAUAAGGGCUUACAGGAAAGGAGGACAGCAGUGAUGAGAUUGCUUAAGAAAUACCUGGCUCGUUCUUGAGAUACCUAGAUUCUAUUCUCCACAUAGGGUUUUAUGAUUCAACUUUGGUGUAAGCGGUGUUUUAUCUCGCAAUCAACGAUUUUGAUGCGAACUAUUAUUCAAUUCUAGCGUUGUAAAUAUGGGUUUAAGAAUAUUCGAAUAAAAGUCUUGACUAAA